UGUAUGUUCACGCGGGCACGUUUCCGUCGAAUCUGCCGAUGCGGAAGUAAAAAUGUGUUCAUAACGUCACUGAUUGGAAAGCUAUCAUGGCAGCGACCAAAGCCUCCAAAGAACAGAAAUACGACAGGCAGCUCAGACUGUGGGGAGAUCACGGUCAAGAAGCACUGGAGAAUGCACAUAUUUGUCUCAUCAACGCCACAGCAACUGGAACAGAGAUACUGAAGAACCUCGUACUUCCAGGUAUUGGAGCAUUCACCAUAGUUGACGGACACACAGUCACUGGGGAAGAUGUUGGAAACAACUUUUUCCUAAGCAACAACAGCAUCGGAAAGAACAGAGCACAGGCUGCCACUGAACUGUUACAAGAACUGAACAGUGAUGUCUCUGGAAACUUUGUUGAGGAGAGUCCAGACAAGCUUCUGGACAACGAUCCAGAGUUCUUCCACAGGUUUACUAUUGUCAUUGGUGUCCAGUUGCCUGAAAGCACGUGUUUGAGGCUUGGUUCAGUCCUGUGGAAUGCCUCUGUACCUUUCCUAGUGUGUAAAACCUAUGGCCUGCUAGGUUACAUGAGAUUGGUGGUGCAGGAACAUACAGUGAUUGAAUCUCAUCCAGACAAUGCCUUGGAGGACCUGAGGUUAGACCAACCUUUUGCUGAAUUUCAGAACCAUGUUAAGUCCUAUGACCUGGACAGCAUGGACAAGAAGGAUCACAGUCACACACCAUGGAUUAUCAUUGUUGCUAAAUACCUGGAGAAAUGGUUCAGUGAGCACAACUGUCGGCUACCGAAAAAUUACAAGGAAAAAGAGGCCUUCAGACAGUUCAUUCGGGAAGGGAUCUUGAAGAAUGAAAAUGGCGUCCCAGAGGAUGAGGAAAACUUUGAAGAAGCUAUUAAGAAUGUCAAUACUGCUUUAAAUCUAACCAAGAUUCCUAGUACUGUUGAAGAUCUCUUCAAUAGUGAGCAGUGUAACAGCAUCACAUCACAGAGUCCGUCCUUCUGGGUGAUGCUGAGAGCUGUCAAGGAGUUUGUUCACAACGAAGGAAAUGGAAGUCUACCUGUACGAGGAACCAUCCCAGACAUGAUCGCAGAUUCUCAGAAGUUCAUCAACCUUCAGAAUGUUUACAGGGAAAAGGCCUUGCAGGAUGCAGCAGCUGUUUCUAAGCAUGUAGAAUGUCUACUACAGUCUGUUGGAAAGCCACCAGAAAGCAUUGCUGAGAAGGACAUCAAACUGUUCUGUAAGAAUGCGUCCUUUCUGCGAGUGGUGCGCUGCAGAUCUCUGGCUGAAGAAUAUAGUGUGGAUUCAGUAAACAAAGAUGAAAUCACCUCAUGUAUGGACAAUCCGGAUAGCGAGAUGGUCUUCUACCUCAUGCUUCGCGCUGUCGAUCGCUUCUAUCAACAGCACUCCCGCUACCCAGGUGUUUACAACUACCAGGUGGAAGAGGACAUCAGCAAACUGAAGCUCAGCGUCAACAGCCUACUGCAGGAGUACAGCUUCAACGUCAACAUCAAAGAUGACUAUAUCCAUGAGUUCUGUCGAUAUGGAGCGGCAGAGCCACACACGGUUUCUGCAUUUUUGGGAGGAUCAGCUGCUCAAGAGGCCAUCAAGAUCAUCAGCCACCAGUUUGUGCCCUUCAACAACACUUUCAUUUACAACGCAAUGUCACAGACGUCCGCCACAUUGCAGUUGUGAAAGCAGUCGCUGAUCCUCAGUUUGCUUCCCGAAAUAUCAGAGAAAACGGUGCAAGCAUGAACUGGCUUUUAAUAAAUCCAACUGUAAACUGCACAUCAAGUUUUGAAAGAGAAGAAAAUGCCUUCUUUUUCACAGCUCAGUAAGGUUCUCAAAAUGUUCUCGCCUAACCUUAAAGUCCUUCUCAUGGAGAGAAAGAAGUCAGGACGUUUUCACAUGAAAUUUUCUGUUGAUGGUAAAGCCUCGCCGCCUUCUCAAAAAAUAUCUUGAAUGGGAAGAAAUCAAGAAAGCACUUGUGGAGAUUUUUUUUUGUUUUUUUUUGCAAGACAUCAUUAAACAAAGCUGGAAAUGAAACUAGCAAAUUCAAAUCCUCAUGUAGUAUUUUCAUCUGUGAAAGUCAACAUUUAUGGACGAUAUCUUACAACGUAGCAGCACUUUGUAUACUUUAGUCGCAUCUUUCUCUUAUUGUGUUCUUUGGAACUAACUGUUUAGAAACACGUAGAGUUUAACUGUCAUGUAUCGCUAUAAAAGAUUCAACAUUUCACCUAAAUUUAUUUAAUUUUCUGUCCAGGGUGAAGGUGAUAUGCUCAGUGCUUGUGUUUUUCAGUGUGCAGAAAUGAAGUGUCCGACUUUUGGGCUUGCACGGUUUCACCUUGCUUGAGGUACAGUGUGGGAAGCACCUUGAGCUGAGCCGCUAUGACUUAUUGAUUUGUUUAAUAGUUGUAACGAGGUUUACACAGUUAUUUAUCCUGAAUAAAUGUUAAGGACAACCA